CAAACUCCGCAAAGCACUACGGGAACACGUGCGGUCAAGAUGGCGGCGCCCUUCACUAGAGUUUAUAGACCAUUAUGGAGAAUAAUAACUACAACUACAUUAAACAAAGGCGUGCGAAAUGUUUCGUCCACUAGGCAACAGUGGUCUGCGCAAAAUGUAAAAACUGCGGGUGUCGCGUCUCCGUGGGCGCUGCAUGGAGCCGUUUGUCUGCAGCGGCUGCCUGUGGUCUCUCAAGAUAGGAGCCCUAUUGAGGACGAGUUCAUGGAGCUAAUGCACCAGAUGGAGUUAGAGAGAAGUCUGCUUUCGGACCAUGAGCUGAGGCUCCUGGAGGACGCUGCACGGAUGAGCCGAAAACAAGAAGAGGAAUCAGAUGAAGAGGAGGAGGAUUAUAGAGACAAAGACAUUUUCACAGCCCAAGAUCUGGAAGAUAUUUGGGAACAAAAACUGAAGCAAUAUCAACCAGCUCAGAGAUCACAAGGUGUUGACGAGAAAGGCGUGAGUUCUUCAGAGCGUUGUUUAGCAGAAAGCCUGAUCUUGCUGGUGAAGAAGGAUGUUGGCAGUCAAAAGCUUUGGCUCCUGCCUCAGAUACAGUGGCAGACGGGAGAGACACUUCGACAGACGGCCGAACGUGCUCUUGCAAGUCUUCCAGUAGGUGCUGAUCUAAAGGCCACUUUCCUUGGCAAUGCACCCUGUGGAUUUUACAAAUAUAAAUACCCAAAGGACAUUCAGAAAGAGGGCAGUGUUGGAGCCAAGGUGUUCUUUUUCAAAGCGUUGCUAUCCGGCCAUAAGCACUUACCUCUGGAGAAGAAUUCAUUUGCCUGGGUAAAAAAGGAUGAACUCCAGGACUUCCUGAAGCCAGAGUACCUAAAACAAGUCAGACGCUUCAUUAUGGCUCUGUAAUAUGGGAAGACAUGGACAUGAUGGAGAAUAUGUUGGAAAACAGACCGCGAGUUUAUGCUUUUCAUAUUUUUGGACUAUGAUUCCAUGAGUUUGGACCCUAUUCCAUCAUAUGAUGGCAAUAUAAAUGAUGUUCAGAUUGUCGUAUAGAUGCACUCUAUUGUCAUCUGUCAUGUAUUUGUAUAUUUAUCCUGCUUGUAACUGGAAACCUAUAUGACGAUUAAUGCAAUAUUAAAAAGGUUGGUUUUUGACUUCAUAACAUGUGAUCAACAAGUGGAGAAAAGUCUGUCUUGCAAAAUAAUGCUCAGGAGGCAGAGUUCCAGAAGUCAAAAUUAGACUUUAUUGCAAGAAGACAACAAAGCCGAGAUAACUGCAGAACAUCUGAAUCUUUCUUUGUCCAGGAUACCAUCUUUAUACAAUUUUGUUAUCGGACGGUCGCUGUCCAAUGAGCGUAGAGACCACUUGUUGAUGCGUCAUUCCCAGUACUUUUCCACGGUUGUUUUAGUUUUCAUAAUGCUUAAUUUCAUUGUAGAAAAACACCUGCUAGUCUGUUUUUCAAAAGAACUUCUCUUAUCUACCACUUUCCAGGUGCUCAAGGUUACAAAGGCAGAUACAUUUUAGUGAGCUGUCAGGAUUUUAAAGAGUUGUACACACAUUAUCUAUUUCCACACUAUCUCAUCCUGUGGCAUCUCCCAUCUUUGGUACUUCCUUCUGUACCGCAGGCCAUGAGGCCUACACAGUCAGUUAGUUUGGCCUUGAGGCCUUCAAAAUGCACCCAGCUUACAUAUGAGGCGGACUAACUUUCACAAACAUGCAAAGUAUCUUCUUCAAUUGUGUUCUGUAAGAAAAAUAAAAUAUUUCAUCAAUCUCAUCUUUUUUUUCCCCCUAAGUAUUUUGUAAAAUGUAGCAUGAAAUAAUUUUCCCAGCAGGGUGGUGGUUAUAUUGUUUGUUAUUCCUCUACUUCACUGUCACUUCUUUAUCAGUGUAUGUAUGUUGUCCUUUAAAAACUACCACUUGAGGGCAGUAGAUGGACAAAGAAUGGAGGACAGACCAUCCAACUGGAACUUUCCCCCCCUUCAAUGAAACAAAGGAUAUCCAAUUAUGCUUUUGGCCAGUAUAUUUUUGUCUUGUCAAAUUUAAAUGCCUUGUACUUGGGGUUUCUCUUAUGCACUUUUAUGUCUCUCUCUCUUGCUCAGUUGUCUAAUAGUCAUUGACUUUUGUGCUGUGCUGGUGGAAAUUGGGAUUAGUAAUACUAUGAAAUAUUUAGGCACCUU